GCUGUGUGGGAGGGGCUGAAGAUUAUUGUUUCGCGAUCCCCGUCGCUGUUGGUGGUUUCUUUGAGUUUCUCUGAGUUUCGGAGUUGUAGAAACUUGGACUUUUUUUGACUUUUAUUGUUUUGUUUUUUGGUGAAAAAAGUUUUUCAAACUGUUUGCGAAAAAAAGUUAGAAUCGAAAUUAAAUGAAAAAGCCGAGUUUGUUCCUGUGGCUGAUCACAGCGUUUGGGGCCGCUGUCUCUGCUGUUCCCUUGGUAAAACCCCCGGGGAUGAGUAAUGAGCUCCCGGCUGUCGGUUACCAGCCCCUCCCCCACAGACGGUGCAUACCCUGCCCCCCCGGAACCUACAUGGUUGACCCCUGCUCGGAGCCGGACACUGAGGGGGUCUGUAGACCUUGUGAGAGCCAAACCUACACUGAGUACGAGAACACGGAGGUUCGAUGUUUUGUUUGUCAUCGCUGUAGACGAGGAGACCAGGAAACCGUGUCCAACUGCACUCCUCACAGCAACACAGUUUGUCAGUGUAAAUCCGGGUAUUUCUGUUCUCCCAAAAAGACGUGUGAGAUGUGCUCCAAGUGUCGGACGUGCACGGCUGAGCAGGUGAUUGUGAGACACUGUAAUUCCACGUCUAACACCGUGUGUGAAGCUCGGUCAGGCAUCGCCCCGGAAACAACCGGACUCUCACCAGGAGCAAUUACAGUUAUUGUGAUUGUCGUCAUCGCCGUUGUCAUCGCCAUCGUCGCUGGUGUUCGCUGCUGGAGUGUGAACGAGUGUGAGCGUGACGGAUUAACCUCGGAGGGAAGUGGAUUACAGGAGCCGGAGAGUUCCCCUGUGGUUAGGGAGGGUCAGGCCCCCGAAGACCUCCGUGAAGAGCCGAUGGUGAUGUUGCUCCCGGCCGCGGAUCAUCAGAAUCCGAGAGCAAAGAACUUCCCGGAACAUCAGGAGCAUCAGGAACGUCAGGAGAUCCUCCCUGUCCUCGGCACCGACCCCCCCACCACAAAUCCCGGGGUCCAGCCGAGCGCCCCCCCGCAUCACCAGCAACGGAAAAUUCAUUCCACCCAAAGCAACGUUGGGACGGAGCCUCUGAUAGAGAGUUUACAAGUUCCCGAGAAGAUCGAUAACUGUCUGAGCGACAACAAAAAAGGGUCAUUUGUCUGUUAUUUGGUUAUUAAUGAAGUUCCUGGAAAUCAUUGGAAACAGUUUAUGAGACGCAUUGGUGUGUUGGACGCUGAGAUUUUCCGAGCUGAGGCUGACCACCCCAGGCAAGGCAACGAGCAACAAUACGAAAUGCUUCAGACUUGGAUCCAGAAAUCUGGCCGACAAGCCAAAGUUAACGACUUACUGCAGGUUUUGUGUAACAUGAAUCUGGUUCACGCAGCUGAGAAAAUAAUAGAGAAACUGAUAGAAGAGGAAGCCUGUAAAUGGAACUCACAGCAAUAACUCGGGUUUACUGAUGAUCCUGGGAAAUCUCAGGGAAAUCUCUUCUCUAAAUCCUCACGGCAUCACCUGCUGACCACAAUUCUGGCUUUUCACCCAGUGGUUUGUUAUCCUCUCGGGAUGUCUCGGGAUUCAUUGGAAAGUGUUUUGUGGGCGUUGGCACGGGCUGUUUAUAGUCAAUCUGUUGUUGUUGUUGUGAAGCGAAUGAGUGAUUGUAUCUGUGGGAUGGUCAGUCAAACAACCUGCAUGUUCAACAUUGAACCACAGUCCCCAACGCACUCCCCUCAACACAACACACAACACAACACACUCCUGUUGCACAACACACUGGGGCCUGGGUGCAUCCUGGCAGAAAUGCAUUGAUAUUCUCACUUUCAUGAUAUAAUAUAUAAAGGGGAUUGAGUGUAUUUUGUGAGUGAGUGGGUAGGUUAUAUUUAAUGAUACUUCAUUUCCCACCAAUUCCCACAAUUUUUAAUGAAUUUUUAAAAGUGUGGAAGCCAAACAUUCCUUUUAUCUGGGUUCUAUCUUAUCACGUUGUCAAAUCGACUCAAAGUGUUUGACAGGAUUUACUGUA